UCAAAUAGUCUACGACCAGAGAGAAAGAGAGAGGGGAAACGAGAGAGGACAUACAGCCCGGGUUCAGCUGGGUUUCCCCCUCCUAAAAACAACUAUGCUCGUCUUGCCGGUGUCGCUUUCUCUCAGGUGUCCGCUUCCCAGUCGCUGAAUGGCGCUGGUUACCGUGCAGCGUUCACCGACCCCCAGCACUAGCUCCAGCCCCUGCGUUUCGGAGUCCGGCAGUGGGGAGGAUGACCGCCGCUCUCAGCCAAGGAGCAUCAGUGAAAGUUUCCUGACAGUUAAAGGAGCUGCUCUCUUCUUACCUCGAGGAAAUGGCUCCUCCCCUUCUUCUGCCUCUCGCUUUUCACAGCUGCGCAGCAAACAUGCAGGAGACAUCCAGCAGCACCUGCAAACCAUGUUCACUCUCCUCAGACCAGAGGACAACAUCAAACUGGCGGUUCGGUUGGAGAGCGCCCAUGCUCACGUCACCCGCUACAUGGUGGUGGUCUCAACCAAUGGUCGUCAGGACACAGAGGAGACCGUGGUGCUGGGAAUGGAUUUCAGUCCCGUAGAUAGUUCAUGCUCUGUAGGGCUGGUUUUGCCCUUAUGGAGCGACACAUUGAUACAUCUGGACGGAGAUGGGGGUUUCAGUGUGUCAACUGAUAACAGAGUGCAUGUUUUCAAACCUGUUUCUGUGCAGGCCAUGUGGUCGGCCCUCCAGUCACUCCAUAAAGCCUGCGAGGUGGCUCGUUGUCACAACUACUUCCCCGGCAGCUUGUUCCUCACGUGGGUUAGCUACUAUCAAAGCAGGGUCUCCUCCGACCAGGCACGCAUCAACGAGUGGAACGCCAUGCAGGAUGUGCAGUCACACCGUGCCGAUUCACCCGUCCUCUUCUCUGAUGUACCUACAGAAAGAGAACUGACAGAGCGUCAAAUCAAAACUAGUUUGAGGGAGAUCAUGAUGCAGAAAGACCUUGAGAAUGUUACCUGCAAAGAGAUCCGAACAGAGCUGGAAAUGCACAUGACAUGCAACCUGCGAGAGUUCAAGGAGUUCAUCGACAAUGAGAUGAUUGUCAUUCUGGGCCAAAUGGACAGUCCUACAGAGAUCUUUGAUCACGUCUUUCUGGGAUCUGAGUGGAAUGCAUCCAAUUUGGAGGAGUUGCAGAAGAGCGGGGUUCAGUACAUCCUGAAUGUAACAAGGGAGAUUGACAACUUCUUCCCUGGAGUGUUUGAGUACCACAAUAUCCGUGUUUACGAUGAGGAGGCCACUGACCUGCUUGCCUAUUGGAAUGACACCUACAAGUUUAUAUCUAGAGCCAAGAAAGCUGGGUCCAAGUGUCUGGUGCACUGUAAGAUGGGUAUAAGUCGCUCAGCAGCCACAGUGAUAGCGUACGCCAUGAAGGAGUACGGCUGGGAUUUGAAAAAAGCCUUUGAUUACGUCAAGGAGCGUCGAGCUGUGACCAAACCUAAUCCCUCUUUUAUGAGACAGUUGGAGGAAUAUCAGGGCAUACUGCUGGCCAGCAAGCAGAGGCACAACAAACUGUGGCGUUCUCACUCUGACAGCGACCUGUCCGAGCACCAUGAGCCACUGUCUAAAUCCUACGCCCAGCCUCACAGCCUGGGUCGCUCCGACCCCCAUAACCAGGCCAGCAGCGUGCCUGGUCCCUCCGUGAAAGAACUGCUGGAGUCACUGGCAACUUCGGCCAGCACUGGCAAACCAGCACACUCCACUAGCCAGCCUGAUACUGACAUCCAGUCCAAUCAGCUCAGCGCUUCAUCCUUUGAGGGGAUGGCAGCUCUAUCAGGUGAUGCUGACGCUCGAAGCCUUGAGGCUCCUUCUCAUUCUGCUGUGGCCCAGAGCAGCCAGCUGGAUCCCCCUUGUCCUGAAUCCACAGCUGGCUCUGUCUCUCUGUUAUCUCCUCUACUUUCCAACGGCUUAUGUGAGACUGAGGAGCAGCCCUCAUCCCCUCCUCUCUCCCAGCCAAGGGCCGCCACUGUGGUGCCUGAGCCUCAAAAGACAGACAUGGUGACUGUUGCACAGAGUGUUUUGGUGGGCCAGCCUCACCCACCUCCAUCCCUUCACCACCUCCCCCUCUCCCCCGCUCCGUCCCCAACUCCAGCCUGCACGGAUGAGGUUACCAAACCCCAGGUGUUGUCCUGCCCUCUGCCUGUGACAAAACCGAUGGUAGUGUCAGUGUCUGAGUCCACGACGACACAAACGGCAAGCACACAAUCAGCUGGACCCCAGUGUCCGUCUGCACCAGUGCCUGUCAAAAAACCAGACUGUGACCAACAGAUGUGUGGCUUGUCUGUGGACGGUUUAGUCGCCCAUCCUCCCUCCACUAAUGAUUUUAUCGGCUGCCCCAGUGCCAUUCCACAAGACAAUGAGGUGUUGUUCGGCCACAGUGCAGAUCACAUUAACUUUUUCAGUGCCAGGGAGAAGUUCAAGGGAAUGAGUCAAGAUGGUAAAACUCACUGUGCUGCGGUGCAGCAGUCACCUCAGCUGAAGGGUUGUGCCAAGGAACAGCAACCACUGCUUCAGGAGCUCUCCACUAGUGAGGGGAAGGAGGAGGAGAAAAGAAAGGAAAUUUGCGUCCCUGUGCAGGUCACAGGAUUGAAGCCUACAGUGCAGCCAGAGACUUCAACUGCUGGCCCUGUUAGCCAACCAGAGCCUCAGGGCCGUCAGGACCAGGAGGUGAGGAAGUCGAGCCAGGAAAUGGAGGAUAGAAAUGUUUCCUCACAGAAGGAAGCUGAGAAUGUAAAAGAGGAAGUGAAAAACAAAGAGGAGGAGGCAGCUCCUACUUGUCUGUACAGCGAUUGGACGAGGGGGUCCGUGCGUCACGUCACACGACAGCUUGAGCAAAGAAUGAAACAGGAGCAUGAGACUCCGUCACCCUCCUCAUCUCCUCCAUCACUGUCCGGUGGUACCGCCUGCUCUCAGCAGCACUCAUCCAGCUCCCAUCCCACAACAAUGUCUGAUUUUCAGGAUGCACCCGUUUGCUCGCAGAUGUCAGAAUCUAGCACUGUGCAGGAGGAGCAGGAGGAUGAUGAUGGGAAGUUUGGUACAGUUAAAAGGACUGGUGAUGUAGUUGAGAUGGGGGCACUAGGAAAUGAUGAGGGAAGCACAAAAGGACACAAACUCCUGCCUGCUGAUACUAGAUUGCUCUCUACCUCUUUUCCAUUCCACCACUAUACCCAUUCUCCCUUUGCCUCUGUGAACUUCCUGUGUCUAGAGGGCGUGACAGACCUCGAGUCAGGCACAGACUGGGACUGCUCCACAGAGGGACCCCACAGUGAUAUUAUCAUGAGGGAGACGUGGGAGACUUUGUGUGAGUUGGGUGCCUUCCUGCAGCAGGUGAGCGUGGGCGGAGCCUGCAAGACCAGGUGUGCGGACUCAGUUUUUGACCUCAGUGCUGGAACCACUCAGAAGCGAGGUAGCAGCAUCCAGAGGAGGGUCAGGGAGGUGGAGGCCAGGAUUCGCCAGGCAGGGCUGACCCCUCCAUCCCUGAUGAAGCGCUCGGCCUCUCUGGCCAAACUGGGUUGUCUGGAGCUGCUCGCCAAUGACCUGAGCGAGUGGGAGCUCAGCCGCUCCUCUGUAUCUCUGCCCUCAGCACAACCUGCGGUCCACACAAUUAGUGAAGAGUCCAAGAAGCAGCGGGUCCAGGACUCGCCUUCCACAGCUGUCCAGCCGCCAGAAGUCCCUGGGAUUGGUGCGGAGAAGCUUUCUGAAGCUGGAGAAACCUCAAAAGGAAUCCCUCCACCAUCAAAUCAGAGUCCGCAGAGUGGAAAAGUCGCUAACUCUAGCCAAGAGUCUCUGCAUUCCCUUGGGUCGACACUUAUGACAUCAAGGCAGCAGUAUGGAAGGACUCACCCCCUGAGGCGGCUUAAGAAAAGAACUGUUAGCACCCUUUACCACACCAUGUAACCCUCACUGUGUGUCUGUGUGUGUGUCUGUGUGUGUGUGUGUGUGUGUGUGUGUAAGAGACACUAAUGAUGUUCACCUGUGAGAAAUGGAGAUUAAGUGCAAAUGUUGGGUUUAUUCAGCAAAACAAACCAACGCCUCUUGCCUUAAAGGAAAAGUUUAGCAGUUUCUGUAUGUUUAUCCCUGCAGAUCCGCAAAGAGCCUCUGUGAAAUCUGUGAUACGAGAUAUUUGUCUCAGUGCAAGAGCAGUGACAAGGCUAUGAAGGUUACGGUUAAUUGGAAUAAAAACUUGGUCUAAUUGGAAGAAUUCAUUCAAAAAGCAGCAAAAACAGUCAUCCAAAUGUAUAUGGGUAACUUGUUUCAAAUAUUAACAAACCUGAGCCUGCACAUACUCAAUCUUUACAUCGUUGCUGGUUUCUCCAUCAUCAACUUGAUAUUUAUUUACUUGAUCGCUGUUGGUUGACUGAAUAGUCCGACCUGAUGUUAGUUGGAAUGUAGCCUGUGUUUUCCUCCUCUUGUGCUUACACGUCUCCUCAUCAAUGUUUGCUAGUUGUGCUCGGUAGCUACCAAGAAAACGACACAGUUGUCCCUCUGGUACAGUCUGACAGGUAGAUCAAUCUGCCCAACAUCGAUUCAACACUCACACAGACUUCUCAAACCUUCAAAAAUGAACACUUAAAGAUAAACCUCGAUUCAUUCGACAGAAAUACACACACAAAGUCAAUUCUGCUGUCUUGAGACUGAUUUUUUUAUGCAUGGGUUGUGCUAGCAGCACUGCACCUAAACACACAAAAGCUCAGGUCGAACCACAAACACCACAGCUUAGUGUUUUAUCCCCAAAGAAAGGUGUAUCCAGAGCUGGUGACGGUAAUGUCAACUGAAAGUGGUUGCAUAGUUGUACAGCAGAUUGUUGAAGCAAACUGCAAAGAGAAGAGGCAUGCUGUUUAUUUUAUGUAUGUUUUGACUACACAAUACCUCAGUACGUCUGAACCAAAUCUGACCUGCACAAAUGUCAGGCUCUGGAUUCCUGGAAUGUCCGUCUCAAUCAGAAACAGUUUCAAUUUCACUACUUGAUAAACUGAAGUCAACUUGUCUCUCUCAUGUCCUCUCACAGUUCUGAUGCCGCUCAGACUAGAUCUUUUGUUUUUUUUUGUAUGUAUUACUGUGUGGGGGAGAGGUUAGGUCAGGGGAUUGGGUUUCCUGCUAUGUUCUAUUUGGGUUGUAAAGGUCUAUAUUGUGAGUGUUGACAUUUUAGGAAGUGUACAUGUUUUUAUAUCUGGUUUGUGUCCAUGUGCGAGUGCGUGUAGCACAACUUUACCAUGUGGGUGUGUACACUCUUAUUUUUUUUUUUUUUUUUUUUUUUUAUUGGUCCUUAUCUCUUUUGUACACUUUUUAGGAGUGUGCCUGUGACUGGCAAGUGAAGCUUCUCUGCAGUCUAUCAGAAAUGUCUGUACAGAGAGGUCUGUCAUACAUGCACUUUACUCCCUUUUUAAUUUUAAAUGUUACUUAAUUUUUUUUUAUUUUUUUUUUAAAUGUAUGGUUGCUACUAUUGGGGAGCAUGCUUAGACAAUAGCGCCUGUUGGGUAUGUGUGUGU